AUGGGUGAUAAUAACGCAUCCAGCGGUAGCAGUCCCGUUUUGUCAGUAGGUAAUAUUCGAGGUUUUGGUGGAAGUGAUUUUGGUUCUUUUAGGAUGUCGAAUGAAUUUUUGGGAUGGAAAAAUAAAAAGACAAAUAAUGUAUAUCAGUAUAAGUGUAGUGAUAUUGAUGAAGGAUGUUGGAUUAAGACUAGUUAUAAUAAUAAUAGAUUACAUUUAAAAUUAGGUGAAUCAAAAGAGAAUAUCAUAAUAUAUUUUGAUGGAUUUCCUGAUAGAAAUGUGAGUGAAAUAACCCAACAUUUCCAAAAAUAUUUUAAUAUAAGAUUAAAUAAUAGAAAGAUAGCAACGAAAGGAUGGAACUGGGGAGAAUUUAAAUUAGAAAAUUCUAAUUUAUGUUUUGAUAUAGAUAAUAAAUAUGCUUUUAAUUUACCUACGAAUAAUAUUAAUCAAUUAAAUGUACAAAUUAAAACUGAUAUUGCUAUGGAAUUUAAAAAUGAAGAAAACAGUAAUAAAGGUAAUGAAGAUUUCUUAGCUGAAAUACGUUUUUAUUAUCCACAUGAAAAUGAUGAAAAUCAAAAUUUCCAGAAUUUAAAAAAUGAUUUAUUGGAAAAAGUAAAUAUAGGAGAUACCAAAAGUGAAAGUAUUGCUUCUCUAACUAAUAUACCUCUAUUAGUUCCAAGAGGUAGAUAUGAUAUUGAAAUGUAUUCAAGCACAUUUAAGUUACAUGGAAAAUCUUAUGAUUUUAAUAUACAAUAUACUAAUAUUAAUAAAAUGAUUUUAGUACCAAAAAGUAAUUCUAAUCAAUAUGUUUUAAUAUUUAGUUUAAGUAAUAAAAUGAAACAAGGACAAACAGAAUAUCCUUUUAUUUUAAUACAAUUAAAUAAUGAUGAUGAUAUGGAAUUAGAUAUAAGUGCUAGUGAUGAAGUUAUGACAAAAUAUAAACUUGAAAAAACUAUUUCAGGAAAAGCUCAUGAUGUUGUAACCAAACUUUUUACUGCUUUAGUUAAUAAAAGUGUUAUUGUUCCAGGAGAUUAUCGAACUUCUAAAAACCAACAUGGUAUUACUUGCAGUUAUAGAGCUGCAAGUGGUCAACUUUAUCCAUUAAAUAAAUAUUUCCUUUUUAUUGUAAAACCGGUUAUUCUUAUUUCCUUUGAUGAUAUUGUAACACUCAGUUUUCAGAGAACAGGAAAUAUUAAUCAACACCGUUUCUUUUCUCUUAUUAUUAAACACAAAAGAGGAAUGAGCUAUGAAUAUACAAAUAUUGAUAAAAGUGAGUAUAAUCCAUUACUUACCUUUUUAAAAAGUAAAAAUAUUAAUAUACAAGAUGAUGCAAAUGAUUUAGAGAAAAAAGCAGAUUUCCAUAAUGAAUUAGAUGAAUCCGAUGAAGAAGAAUAUGUUGCUGAUGAUGACGACGAUGAAGAUGAUUAUGUUGCUGAGGAAGAGGAUGAAGAUGAUGAUGGCGAUGAUGACGAUGAUGAUGAUGAGGAAGAGGAAGAAGAAGAAGACGAUGAUAAAUAG